AUGCCCCUCCGCAUCACGUCCGCGCCCGUCUCCGGCAUCAAGAAGAGAAAAAGCUCUGCGCCGCGCGCUCGCCCGUCGCCCUUUGCUACCCAUGCGCGCUCCAAGCCAUCUGCGCGCGGAAGCCAGGAGGCGGGCAAGUCCCUGUCGGGCGAUGUCAAUGAUGGCGCCAUAGCCGACACGGAACCGCUGCCGGAUCUCGGGGCGUCGCGGUACAUUGCAGAGACUGCUGCCGUCCGGGAUGUCAUCCAGGCGAUACGCCAUAUCAAGGACUCGAUGUUCGAGGAGCUGCCGGCACGGGCGGGCAUGAACAGCACGCGUAUCGCCCAGGUCCUCAAUCUGCGACGGUCGCUGCCCCCCUUGGUCUCCGUCGCUCAUAUCCACACGCUGAUGCAGGCGCCCACCCAGGUCGAGCGAGAGAUUGUCGACCUGGUGCGCGCCGGCCGUCUCCGGCGUAUAAUCGUGCCGGGCAGAGGUAAUGAUGCGGCAGGGUUGGGAGACUGCCUGAUUUUGACAGAAGACCUGAAGGAACUUGUGCAGAACAGCGCUGGCCUGGAUCAGUCGCUCAAGGACCUGUUUCUGCACAUGCUGGACCAAAUGGGCAAUUCCUCGGCGAUGCCUGCUACCGCGUUCUCGCCAGAGGAGUCGAGUGCCUUGGUUCGGGCCGGGUUUCUCGUAUCGGCAUCAUCUCUGGCAAAAGGCUCGUUGAACGUGGCGUCGCUCCCGGCCGUGCCUCCAUCUCUGGGGGCAGCCGCUGCCAGCCGGAGUGAGAGUGAGGGUGAUCAGCAGAAGCCCGAAUCAGGCGACAGAGGCCAUGAUUCUCCCCAGUCCCGGGCGGCUACUCUGUUCCUGUCCCUUCCCAACACAGGACCGUACCUCCGUUUGCUGGGCGCCGGCCGUUCGCAUCUGCUGUCCCUCUUGAAGAAAUCCAAGUAUCACGAAGCGCCGUUGUCUCUUCUCCGCGACCGCUGGGACGGGGCGGUGGAAACGGACCGGAGCUACUCCCUGGCCAAGAGAGCUCGAGGGGAGUCGAGCGGCGUGCUCCCGGGCCGGACCAAGAAGUGGAAGGAAUUGUAUGGGAUGAGUUUCCAGUGGGUGUUGGAAGAAGCCCUGGGUGCGGGACUCAUCGAGCUGUUCGAUACGGGCAGCGUCGGUCCUGGCGUCCGCUGCUUGUGA